AUUGUGACUGGAAUGAUGCCGCUCCGCUUUCCUAUUGCUUUCCCUUUGACCUCAACGUGAAUUCCCUCCCCCCAAUUCUCCUCCCUUUUUCCUCCCUCCCAUCAUGAAACCAUAUUCCGUAGCAACAUUAUUGCUACUUGAACUCCCUUUGCUCUCCUUAGGGUUCACAUGGAAAUUCAACCAAACACCCUCACAAUGCGGCCAGCUCACUAUCUCUAUCGACGGCCAAGGCAAACCACCCUAUUCAGUCCUUAUCCUUCCUUCUGGUUCAACUCCCUUCCCCAAUGGUACCGAAGUCAGGAAAAUAUUGGAAGCAAAAUCCUCUGGCAACUCAGCAGAAAUUACUUUUCAGCUCAAUUACCCCGCCAAUUCACAGUUCGUUGCAGCGGUUAGCGAUUCGUCAGGAUUUGGUUCUGGAGGCACUAGUGCAGCUGCACAAGUCACUGAAUCCAACGACAGUAGCUGCUUCGACCCCACACAACCCGUUUCUCCCGUGUGGGUGUUCAACCUCAACCCCCCCAGUCAAAUCGUGCAGUGCCAGGAUACGAGAAUAUGGUGGGAUCCAUCAAAAGUCCAAGGUGAAGUCAGUUUCCUGGGUGUCAUCCCUGGUGGACAAUCAUUCCAGAUUCCACGAGGAGCUUUAACCACUGUAGCUAGCCAAGGCCUUGGUUUCACUUGGAAGCCCAACCUUCGCAGUGGUACAAUUUUACACAUUGUAGCCAGUGACGACCGAGGAACGGGUAGCGGGGGUUCGACACGUCCAACUGUUGGGGAUAACAUUCAGAAUGACAAUUCUUGUUUGAACAAUUCCAGUCCAAGUUCCACAGCUGGCAACCCAGCUGGUGGCUCCUAUCCUACCGACAGCCAAGGCAAUGGGGUACAUGGUGGUGGCAAUUCUGAUGGUGGAAGCCACACCAAUGUAGGAGCCAUAGUCGGUGGAGUGAUUGGCGGCGUCUUCGGUCUCAUUGCUCUUGUUCUUGUCCUUCUCUUCUUCCGGAAACGUAGUCGCGGCCGCCGUUCUAACGAAAAACCUGUUGACCUCCUCAACGCAGACGAAGGCGAUGAAUCACACCGAUCAGAACUACCGCAAUACUAUGAGCCCGAGCCAUUCCUCAUCCCAGAUCCGACUGUCGUUGGAUCUGACAGAAGCUCGGAUGGCCGACCUCUGAGCGGGAACUACAGCGAGAGGCCGAGUAGCAGAAGCGGUACGCCUGAUGUGACGUCGACAUCUACUGGGACCAGGAAGGUGCCACCGAGACAGUUCAAGGCUGUCAACGUCAUUCAACAUGAUGACGCCGGACCCAGCGAACAAAAGCCUCCCGGUGUCGAGGAAUCAGAGACGAUUGAGUUGCCACCUGCUUAUACAAACAUUCGACAGUGAAGGAUGCAAUUCGACCUAAUCUGUUCACCUUCCCUUCGUUUGCGCUAUUGCGUUUUCUGUUGUUCCCGCAAUUCAAUCCUUUCCUUGUCUUUUGUUUUGCCGUACUAGGGCUUGUAUACCUCGAUACGUAUCCCUUUUCAGUUAUUUCUUCAUUCUCACAUUGUUUCCGGUAAUCAGUUCUACACACUUCCGCAUCAAUGACCUAUAAUACUGCAUUACUGCCACUUUACCUCGACGUGUUCAAUCAUGCAUUAAUCCGACUCCAACUUUGCUCCAGCACACGAUAUUUAUUCUCCUCGGACAUUUGACAUUCAUUGAAUACUUCCCACUCCAUUCUCCGAUUUUACAGUUUCCUACUCCACCUGUGAACUCCAUUUUAACGUCUCAAAAAGUGGACUAUUACGAACAGUGUUAUACGUACUGCUCCUUCGGCGCCCCUUAUGUACUCCAUGAUCACCUACAAGUUCAUGUGCGUCUCCACCGAGGAAUCCGAAGCAAC